AUGAUUUUGAUACAAGAAAGGUAUCCAUCGUUUGUAUUUCCCGAGAUAGAAAUCUCCAGAACUGACACUUUCAUCUUCUACAAUGCUUCAGGCCACUGUCUUCCAUCGAUAAAGUUUGUAUGGAGGUGUGUCUACAGUGCUAGAUCAGUAUGUACCUGUCCUCAUUCUCCUUACCCAAUGCUCAAACGGCUGCAGAGCAAACUGCCCCAGAGUGAUACCCUUCACGGUCAUCUGUGUAAUUUGCAUUUGCACAGUUUCAUCGAACCGUUCAUUUUCCAUGAGGUAAUCUCGCUGUAUGAACAAGAUGACAGCUUCAAACACUUCCUGACAGCCACCAUUGUCUCCAGAGGCCGGUUGGCUGUUGUGAACCAGCUCAUCAUGCCGGACUAUGUGAACGACUUGACAUAUCCGGCGUUUAUUCGGCUGCUUUCGUCAGUAUCCAGCCGAGAAAGUGUGCUGCACACCCACGUCCAAGGAGUCUUUGAUCCCUCUGACAAACGGCCCAUUGACGACCGAAACUCCAUUCACACGGCCAUUGACGCGUUGUGUGAAACAGGGUGGCGCAAAUUGGAGUCUGUUCUAGGCCGCUAUGAGUUUGCCAAGUUGAUUCUAGGCAACAUGGUGUUCAUGGAGCUCAGGAAGGACUGCUACUUUCAGGUGUCUGGACCUCGAAUUGACGAUAUUCUCUUGUGUCGCCCCACACACAAAGUGCAGACCGAAUUGUUGUUGUUAAAGGCUCCACCGGGGAAAGUAGGCAAGAGAGUGCCGAGAAAGGGAAUCCUGAGAUGCAAACAGGGAAUGUAUUACAGUCUAGGAAAGACAGGAUACAAUUUGAGUGUGCGUGAUCUGGUCGAUUCCAAAGACCAUAAAGUUGAGAUAGAACAUGUGCUGGAGUCAAUUUUUCCUUACACUUAUGACAAGACUCAAUCGAAACGUAUUCCUAAACGUCUAGUUCCAUUUGUCCAAAUUGCUUCUACUAUCGUGAAAAAGUGUCAGCAAUACAAUUUUUUGCGGCUUUUGGAUGCCUGGUUCCCACUUAAUCGCGACUACGAGGAUGGGCACUCCGUUAACGAUGUGGUCUCCUUCUGUUUUGCAGCUUCUCAUCUCCUCUUUCCUCACGUUUUAUUUGGAUCGGCAGACAAUUGGGCCGUUCUACGUUCAAAGUACGUCUAUUAUCUGAACUUGCCAUCUCGAACUUCUCCGCAUCUGGAUACAAUGACUGGGGGAUUCAGGUUGACCGAAAUCAACUGGCUCUUCACUUCUGAUAUGAAUCUGAAAAAGUCACGAGACGAUAUGCUCAAGGCACGUGAGCUGUUUGAACAGCUGAUGAUCUGGGUUACAAACCGCUUCCUGCCUCAGAUUCUAAGAUCUUUCUUCUAUUUCACAGACUCUCUCACCAGUGACCAGAUCAUCUACCGACACCCUGUAUGGCAAAGAAAGACCAGAAGCACUCUCCAAGAACUGAAGAGGACCCAGUUUUCAAGUAAAGUCCUUACUCCGUCGGAUCUCGGAAUCUCAAAGUUCAGAUUGAUGCCAAAAAAGUCAGGCUUCAGACCCAUUGUGUCUUUGGGAAGACCUGUUCAGAGUCCCAGGGGAAAGAAACCGAUCUCUGUCAACAAGAAGCUCUCAAAGCUGUACAAGAUACUGUAUCAGGAGUUCAGACUCGGUGGAAAUAACAAGUGUGGUCUUGACUCGGUUCACCUGCUCAAAAAAGUGCUAGGGAAGUACGAAAAGGCAAUCAAGGGCCAAAUUCAAGGUCUCAAGUUUGUCAAGAUUGAUGUCACUGCGGCCUUUGACACUAUUCCAGCAUCCAAAGUGAAAGACAUUUCAAAACGACUGCUUGAUUGUGAAAGUUACUCGCUUCAUAGCCACUCUCGAAUCUUGCCUAUGAGUUCAAAAACAGUUCUGAGAUGGUUCACCACGUCUCGGGCCUGUAACGGGAGAUCUGAGGGAGCUCUACAAGCCUUCAGACGUCUGGGGAAUAAGGGGAUCAUAGUGGAUGAAAACAAAAGUGACAGUGUUGGAAAACAACUGCUGUACAAACUGCUCAACGAUCACUUGUUCAGAAAUGAUGUUUUUAUUGACGGUCAGGUACAUAGACAAGUGCGUGGAAUCCCGCAAGGCUCUAUAUUAUCCUCUUUGUUUUGUUCCAUGGUCUAUGAGGAAAUGGUGCGUGAAAAGUUCAGCGAUCUCGUUGAUAGACCAGAUACCUGUCUUAUGCGAUUCGUGGACGACUUUAUGCUAAUCACUACCGACACUGCUAUAGCUACCGAGUUUUUAAACAGAGCUCUCAAGGGCUUACCUGACUAUGGAGUCUCUGUCAACCGAUCCAAGUGUCUAGUCAACUUUCCUCUGUCUGUGGGUGGUGUCAGAAUCGCGCAGCUUGAAGAGGGCGAAAUGAUGCCGUUUUUGGGCAUGAAGAUCGAUCCUUGCAAUCUUCAGAUACAUCGAGACUAUCCCUAUAGCUCUGCAUUAUUAUGGGUCGAUAAAGGAGUCAAGCUGGCAGCUGUCAGACACAGAGCAAAGGAAUACUUUUCGGCUCGGUUCCCCAGGCUGCUGUUGAACAAGAGUGUUCCUGAAGCUGUGGUUCUCAAAAAUGUGUCGGCAUUCUUUCGGUACGUGUUUUUGCGAGCUAUUCGAACUUUUGAACACUUUGGCCACGUCUCUGAGAGCAGGAUCACUCAGGAAGCCAUUACUUUGGCUGCUGAAAUGAUCGAUAUUUCCAUGUGUGUGGUUACUCCAAAGUGUCCCCAUGUUGGGUUGAAGAAGUUGCGUGGGUGGCUAACCAAGAUUUCGGUUCUGUCCAUUGAGAGGAGGAGAUGA